AUGACGGACACGAAAACAUCACGCAAAAGAAAAGCGCUCGAUCUAGAUGUGAAAUUUCAAAUCGUUGCAGCUGUUGAUCUCGGACAAAAAUCAAAGAAAGACAUAGCAGCUGAGUUCGGGAUUCCCAAAUCCACUCUCAGUACCAUCUUGAAACAGAGGGAAACGAUUUUAUCAAAAUGUCAAUCUUCAGAAUUCAACACAGCUAGAAAACGAAUUCGCACGUCCGAAUUUCAAGAUGUCGACGAUGCUCUCUUUUUGUGGUUCAAGUCAGCACGCAAUAAAAACAUCGCCUUGAGUGGACCACUACUUAUGCAAAAAGCGGACGAACUGGCAGCCAAACUUGGCCAUGUGAAUUUUAAGGCAAACAAUGCAUGGGUAGAACGUUUUAAACAAAGACUGGGAAUUAUUUCCAAAGCUAUGCAUGGUGAAAGUGCCGCAGUAAACCAAGAGGUUGUUGAUAACUGGCUGACUUCAAAACUUCCAAAUUACCUUGCCGUGUUUCAUCCAAAAGAUAUUUUCAACGCAGACGAAACAGGACUGUUCUACAAACUUGUUCCUCAAAGAACGCUUCAACUGAAAGGAGAACAGUGUCACGGCGGCAAGAAAUCAAAAGAUCGAAUAACACUGCUUGUCACUGCCAACAUGACCGGUACCGAAAAGUUAAAGUUAUUGGUGAUAGGGAAAUCGGCAAAACCCAGGUGCUUCAAGAAUGUGCGAAGUUUACCAGUGGACUACAGAUCAAACAAGAAAGCGUGGAUGACAGGAGCAUUGUUUACAGAAUGGGUGAAAGAUCUAGACAAGAGCAUGAAAAGGCAAAAAAGAAAAAUCCUUUUACUAGUCGACAACUGUCCAGCGCAUCCGAAAGUUUCCGGAUUAACCAGUAUAACACUGACUUUUUUGCCCCCGAACACUACCUCGAAAAUCCAGCCGAAGGACCAGGGAAUAAUCGCAAACGUAAAAGUGAACUAUCGACGAGAGAUGAUGAGUGACAUCAUCAAGGCAUUCGACAGUCAACAGGAGCACUCAGUUUCCAUCUUGACGGCAAUCAACACAGCCCAUCGUGCUUGGCGUCACGUGACCUCAUCGUGUAUCGUGAACUGUUUUGCAAAGGGUGGGUUCAAAAGUGCUGCUUGUUCUGAGAGUUCUGAACACCCCGUUAGCAAAUCUACAGACAGUGUGGAAUGA